AUGAAAAAUCUUUGUUUAUGCAUCCAUCACUUCUCCAUUCGCCUUACGCGUGGCUAUACGUGUUAACUCUAAUCUAGGUUACUUUAUUAACCAUCAAGCUAUCACUAGUAUAUAUAGAAAUUCCCACCUCCUCCUCGAGUUGGUGUAGCGUAGCUGAGUGAUUUGUAGUGGUGUUUUAAAUCCUUCGGAUUGGAAUUCUCUUGGUAAGUGUGUGUUUUUGAGUUUUUUGGGUGUGAGAAGAGAGUGAAUAAGAGAUAUGGGACUCUCCCAUUACCCUAGUCCAGCUGAAGGAAUGUUACCGGUGAUAGUUAUGAAUACAGUUGUGUCAGUUGCUUUGCUCAAGAAUAUGGUAAAAUGGGUCAUUCAAGUAAUGAUUGGAAUUGAAAAUCCAUCGUCAAAUUUCGAAGAGGAAAACACUACAAAUGAAGUAGUCCAAUUGUCAGAGAAUAGAAAAAUAUCGGUUACACUUUAUAAAUCUUUAUGCGAUGAAAGAUCUUCUAGAGUUUGCAAAAGCAGUAGUGAUGAUGAUAACAAUAGUAAUAGUAGUUUUAGGUUAUGUUCAGUUGUAGAAUGUUGCGUUUGUCUCCAUAAGUUUAAAGCAAAUGAAGAAGUCAGUGAAUUGUCUUGUAACCAUUUCUUUCAUAAGGGUUGCUUGAAGAAAUGGUUAGAUCACAGACACAGUACUUGUCCUCUUUGUAGAUCUACCCUUUGAAAAUGAAAAGAAAAGAAAAGAAAAGAAAAUUCAAUCCAAA